AUGGCCAAUAUCUCAACAAACAGAAACGCUUUUUUCCAGUCCGACGCAUCACAAGCUUCUGCUGCUCGCCGGGCGCUGAAGGCAAAGCAUUCCUCAAAACAUGGCUCACCGGUUGAGUUGAAGAGCAAGAUCCUUGCGCUUUGCAUCGAUGAACUUGCCAGUGAGGGGCUAGAAAAGCCAAUUGUGUUUACAGGAGAGAGUACUGGUGUUGCAAGGAGGAUUGACUUGAAUAUAGGAAACAAGGAGUUUGUCUUUCGGGGUCAUACAGGGCCUGUGGCUUCCGUCGCACUUUAUACCACCUCAUCGCGCCAAAGACUUCUCUUCACCGGCUCGUGGGACAAGUCAGUUCGUGUAUGGGACAUUGAGACCUGCAAAUGCCUUUCAACUGUUUCUGCACAUUCAGACUUCGUGAAGAGUUUGUUGGUGGUACCACAUCUCAACUUGCUCUUCAGUGGAAGUGCCGAUGCAAGUAUCAGGGUAUGGAAGGUUCAGGAGGAUGGCAAGCUGGUGAAAGCGCAUACAUUGAAGGGGCACACCAGGGCUGUUGAGGAUUUGACUUUUGAUCCGAGUGCGGCCACGACGACUGUGAAGGGUGUUGUUGUGUACUCAGCUAGCUCUGAUGCGUCAAUUAGAGAAUGGAGGGUCGGUCCGGAAGAGGCAGUUGAAUUGCCAAAUGCUAUCAGCAAGGUUCAUGAAACCUCCAUCUACAAGCUACGCUUUGACCAUGAGGGUGUGUUAUGGUCAGCAUCUGCGGACGGAACAGCAAGACGCACCGAUCUUGCCACCAAAGUGAGCGAUACUGCUUUGGAACAUCCCGAUUUUGUCAAAGAUAUCUUGGUGACGUCUAAUGGAGCUUGGGCAGUAACAGGAUGUCGUGAUGAGGAAGUGAGGAUCUUUGAUAUUGGGAGUGGUGCGAUAGUGAAAGUCAUUGAAGGGCAUUACGAUGAAGUGUCGGCACUAGCAAUGUGGGGUAACAUACUUCUGAGUGCAAGUUUGGACGGGACUAUCAGGCAGUGGUCUAUGGUGGAAGCUGAUGUGCGAGCAAUGAAAAAGGUAGUCUGGGAAGAAGAGGAGGAGGAAGAAGUAAAACCAGCAACAGGCUUGACCGCAGAAGAGGAGGCCGAAUUGGCAGAUUUGAUGGGCAGUGAUGACGAUCUUUGA